GCCCAUCAUAAGCCACAGCCUUCUGUCACAUCCCAGGAAUUACAGGCAGUUUGAAGGCUCCCCUGAGCAACCUUUCAGCUCCAUUUUUGGGGGUCUUAGGAGUUACCACCUAGGAUUCCUUCAGUCAUUUUGACCAGUAUGUACUUCCUUCUUGUCACUCUGGCUCAGGUCACGCUCUAGAGGAUUUUCCUUUCUGAACAACAGCAGCAAAGCAAGCCACACCAUGGGUGAGAUCAACAAAAAUGCUGUGGAAAAAUACCUGGAGGAGAACCCUGCGUUUGCCAAGGAAUACUUCGACAAAAAGCUGCGGGUGGAGGUCCUGGGAGAGAUCUUCAAGAACAGCCGGGUGCCGGUCCAGGCCAGCAUGUCGCUGCCCGAGCUGACGCAGGUGGAGGAGUCCGCUGUGUGCCUGGAGCUGCUGUGGUCCGUGCAGGAGGAGGGGAGCAGUGCCGAGCUGACGGCACACAAGGUCCUGCAGAGGAUGGCCCAGCUGCUGCAGGCCGACCGCUGCAGUAUGUUCAUAUGCCGUUCCCGCAAUGGCACGCCGGAGAUGGCCUCAAAGCUGCUGGACAUCACCCCGACCUCCAAGUUUGAGGACAACUUGGUGGUCCCUGAUAAAGAAGUGGUGUUUCCCCUGGAUGUCGGGAUUGUGGGUUGGGUUGCUCACACGAAGAAACCCCUUAAUGUCCCAGAUGUGAAAAAGAACAACCAUUUUUCUGACGUCAUGGACAAACAAACUGGCUACGUCACUAAGAACCUGUUGGCAGCCCCCGUCGUGAUGGGCAAAGAGGUUCUUGCAGUAUUGGCGGCAGUGAACAAAGUAAAUGCAUCUGAGUUUUCCAAACAGGACGAAGAGGUCUUUACCAAAUACCUCAACUUUGUCUCUGUCAUCCUAAAACUUCAUCAUACCAACUACCUAUACAAUAUUGAAUCCCGAAGAAGCCAGAUUCUUAUGUGGUCAGCCAACAAAGUAUUUGAAGAGCUCACAGAUGUUGAGCGACAGUUUCACAAAGCGCUGUACACAAUCAGAACUUACCUGAACUGUGAACGAUACUCCAUUGGACUGCUGGACAUGACCAAAGAGAAGGAAUUCUACGAUGAAUGGCCAAUCAAGCUUGGAGAAGUUGAGCCUUAUAAAGGUCCAAAAACUCCAGAUGGAAGGGAAGUCAUCUUUUAUAAAGUAAUCGAUUACAUUUUACAUGGGAAGGAAGAAAUCAAAGUGAUUCCGACACCUCCUGCCGACCACUGGACCUUCGUCAGUGGGUUGCCAACCUAUGUUGCUGAAAAUGGAUUUAUAUGCAACAUGCUCAAUGCGCCUGCAGACGAGUACUUCACAUUUCAGAAAGGACCUGUAGAUGAAACUGGUUGGGUCAUUAAGCAUGUCUUGUCCCUGCCUAUUGUCAACAAAAAAGAAGAUAUUGUGGGAGUAGCUACAUUUUACAACAGGAAGGAUGGAAAGCCUUUUGAUGAACAUGACGAACACAUUACUGAAACUCUCACACAAUUCCUUGGAUGGUCUCUUUUAAAUACUGACACCUAUGAGAAGAUGAAUAAGCUAGAAAAUAGAAAGGACAUUGCUCAGGAAAUGCUCAUGAACCAUACCAAAGCCACUCCUGAUGAAAUUAAGUCUAUUUUGAAAUUUAAAGAGAAGUUAAAUAUAGAUUCAAUUGAAGACUGUGAAGAAAAACAGCUUGUCAAAAUUUUGAAAGAGGACUUGCCGGACCCACAGGCGGUAGAACUGUAUGAAUUCCGCUUCAGCGACUUCCCCAUUACAGAGCACGAAUUGAUUAAAUGUGGACUCCGAAUGUUUUUUGAAAUAAAUGUGGUGGAGAAAUUCAAAGUACCUGUAGAGGUUCUUACCAGAUGGAUGUACACGGUGAGGAAAGGGUACCGCGCUGUCACUUACCACAACUGGCGGCACGGGUUCAACGUGGGACAGACCAUGUUUACUCUGCUGAUGACAGGAAGACUAAAAAAAUACUACACAGACCUGGAAGCUUUUGCCAUGCUUGCUGCUGCCUUCUGCCAUGACAUUGAUCACAGAGGCACCAAUAAUUUGUACCAGAUGAAGUCCACAUCUCCACUGGCAAGGCUUCACGGGUCAUCUAUUUUGGAGAGGCACCAUCUGGAGUACAGUAAGACCCUCUUGAAUGAUGAGAGUUUAAACAUCUUCCAGAACCUAAACAAGCGUCAGUAUGAAACAGUUAUUCAUUUGUUUGAGGUUGCAAUAAUAGCAACUGACCUGGCUUUGUAUUUCAAGAAGAGAACCAUGUUUCAAAAGAUUGUGGAUGCCUGUGAGCAAAUGCAAACUGAGGAGGAGGCCAUCAAGUAUGUAACCAUUGACCCAACCAAGAAGGAGAUCAUUAUGGCAAUGAUGAUGACAGCAUGUGACCUGUCAGCUAUCACCAAGCCCUGGGAGGUGCAAAGCCAGGUAGCACUUCUGGUUGCAAAUGAAUUCUGGGAACAAGGAGAUCUGGAGAGAACAGUGCUGCAGCAACAACCUAUUCCUAUGAUGGACAGAAACAAAAAAGAUGAACUACCUAAACUUCAAGUUGGAUUUAUUGAUUUUGUUUGUACUUUUGUAUAUAAGGAGUUCUCACGGUUUCACAAAGAAAUCACACCCAUGCUGAAUGGCCUUCAGAACAACAGAGUGGAAUGGAAAUCUCUUGCUGACGAGUAUGAUGCAAAGAUGAAGGAAAUUGAAGAGGAGAUGAAAAAGCAGGAAGAAGAAGUGGUAGUAGCACAAGUUGCUGAGGAUUCAGGCGGUGGUGGUGUUGAUGACAAAAAGUCCAAAACAUGCUUAAUGUUGUAAAAUAAUCCAACUGGUCUAAACUUCAAACAUCAUCUUAGUUUUGAAGAAAAACAGAAAACAUUAAAAAAAAUACAAAAAACUUCAGUAAAUUUCAUUCAGCAAAUCAUCAAGUAACAGAGUUAAGAGGAUCACCAGAAAAACUAUCCUGCGACUUGUAUCAAGAGAAUAUAUAUUUCUGGCCUGAAAACCCUGAAGAUGAAAUAAAGUUCAACAAAAAUGCAAAAUAAGACAAAAAACAGGUGCAUUUUGGGUACCAACUUACUUUAAAAAAUAUGUGGUCGUGAAACUAGUCAGGUUUAAAAAAGUUUUAAUUAUAUUUACUUGCUAAGGCUGCGUAAUAGAGUACCUACCACAGAAUGGGUGGCUUAAACAACAGAAAUUUAUUUUCUCACAAUUCUAGAAGCCAGAACCUACCCAGAAGUGCAAGACCAAGGAGGUAUUGGAAAGGCUGGUUUCUCAUGAGGCCUCUCAACGUGGUCUGUAGCUGGCCAUGUUUUCCCUGUGUCUUCAAAGUCAUCCCUCUGUGUUUAUGUCUAGUUUCUUCUUCUUAUAAGAACACCAGCUCUAGCACAAGGUGCACCCAGUAAUAUGAAUGAAUGAUAAUCAGAAUGAAUGAUACAAUAUGUAUAAAUAAGAAAUAAUAAGUCAUCACCUUGGGUAAGUACUGCCAUGUACUUAAUGUUGAGACUCCACUUCUAAGAUCACAUAAGAAAUUAUUCUUUAAGCUUUAUUUUUAAAGUUUUAACCCCUAGACACCAAGUCAGUUCAAAUAACUUCCCUUCUCAGUCACCAGAAACUGAGCUGAGGGUAGCAAUGUGCCACCACUGAAGGUCUGCCAAAUAUAAGAACUCUGCUUCAGAGCAAUUGUAAGGAAGCAUAGUCUCAAACCCUCCAGACCAAGGGUCUACUGACUGCACUGAGGCAAAGUGUGAAAUAGGUAUGUAGGAGAAUUAAUGUUUAAACUAUCAUUUUGGAGCACUUUUCAAAUACUCCUUAAAAUAGGACUUAUAGGAGAGGGAUAUAGCUCAGUUGGUAGAGUGCUUACCUUGCAUGCACAAGGCCCUGGAUUCAAACCCAAGCAACACACACACACACACACACACACACACACACAAGAACUUUCAUCAUCUGUCAUUAUGUUGAAUGGAUUAAGAAUUUUAAUUUUAUGUAACAAUCUAAAUUUAUCAUUGAACUUGAUACAUAAACUCAUACUUGCACUACUAAAUAUAUGGAUCUAUUUUAAAAGGGUAUUUAGAUAUUCUUCCAAUUAACAUUAAAUUCUGUAGGAAUAGGACUAUAUUUUUAUCAUAAGAAUGUUUAAUUACAUAUAUAUCACUUCUAAUAAUUUAACUUUUGGACCUUUCAAAUAUUUUUCUUAGAAAUCAAGAUUCCUUUUUAUUUCAAUGUAAAGUUGUGAGAUGAAAAAACAAUACCUUCAAGAAAUGAAGAAACUUUCACACAUGAUAUUUAACAUUAAUAAACCUAACACCAAUUUACUAUUUUCUAAUAAGUUCAGAAAUGAUUGCAUAAUUAUUUCCUAGACAGUUUCUUGACAGCAAUGCCUAGCACAGUGCCUUACAUGUAAUAAAAGCCUGAUAAAUAUUUGUGGAAUUAAUGAAUAACAACUGUUUAAUAAAAGGAAAAUUUCUGAUAUUAACCCUUUUACAGUAAGACACUAAAUUACUUAGUUUUCAAUUUCAUGCCAAUCAUUUCAUGUUUAAAUGUAUAUCAAGGAGCUAUGAAUGAAAGAGAAUUACAGAUGAGCAUCUGAAAAAGGACUGGGAAGUGUGUCUGCUAAUGAACUCAGGAAGCAUUAGACAUCCUGAGAGUGGCUGAAUUUUUAUUUCCAAAGACCAACCAUUCAAACUGCAACCUACAGAUAAAAAUUUUAUGAAGUUUUGAAGUAUAUUUACACAUUAAGGAAUGCAGGCUUUCUCUCUCCCAUCUCACAGAAACAAAUCCUGAAAAUACUCAUCAAAUUCUUCUUCCCUGUUAAAAAGAAAAAGUAUAGUUAUUAAAACCAAUAGAAUAAAAAAUUAUUUGGAGACACAUUAUGAGAUUAAUAAAAACACUGAGUCUUGUAUGCAUCAAUAUUUCCAUGAAUCAGUCACAGAGUAAUUCUUAAGUUUCUAAAAUAACCGAAACCAUACUCAUAUUUAUUAAAAUUAAAAUAAUUUACAAGUUGACACCUCUCCCAAAAUGUAAUACCUAAGAUUUUGCUUUAAAGUUCUCUGAAAUGUCACUGCUUCUCUUUACUUUUUGAUUUACUUUAUACCUUCUCUGUUCAUUCUCAAUUCAAACUAUAUUCUGCUGAAAAAGUGAAUGAAAAAGUCAUUUUUAAGGAAAAAAAUACACUUCUUACUUCCAAAACCAGGGAGAUUUUGCUUAGGUUGCAGACUUCCAAAACCAGGGAGAUUUUGCUUAGGUUACAGUAUUUUAUUAUAUUGAAAACAGUAAAUAUAUUAUGUAUUAGUAGCAAUAAUUUUUUUUUUCAAUACUGGGAAUUGAACUCAGGGAUCCUCUACUAUUGAGCUAUAGAUACAUUCUUAACCCUUUCUAUGCUUUAUGUUGAGACAGGGUCUUGCUAAGAUGUUGAGGCUGGCCUUAAACUUGUAAUCUCCUGCCUCAGUCUUCAGAGUCACUGAGAUUACAGGUGUGCAGCCAUCCUGGACCAAGAAUCUUAUAUCUAAAACAAAGAACAGAACUCUGGAAGGAGAUAUGAAACUAGAUUACAGGGCAGGGAUAAUAUAGCUCAGUGGUAGAGUGCUUGCCUAGCAUGCAUGAGGCUGUGGAUUCAAUCUCUAGUACUGCCCCAAACAAAAGAAGAGUUCCCCCUUAAGAGUUCAGUGUAUAAAAAUACUAUGAAAAGUGUAAAGUACUAAAUAAAUAUGAGUGCAAGAAGCCAGUGUGAGACAGUGGAAAUAGCAGAAUUUGAAAUUGCACCCUGUAUAGUUCUAACUCUGUUAUUCAUUAGCUAUGUGAACAAGUUACUUCUUUAUACUCGGUUUUAACAUCUGUAAAAUAAAGAUAAUUUCUAUUCCCACAGA